AAACAAAUCCUUCAUCAAACUGCAAAUUUCAGUAUAAAAGGUUAUCAAAUGUUUGAUAGCAUUAUAUCAUUCAGCUUCUCUGGGCACCCAUCAACUACAAACAUGGGUCUCAAUCGUCUCCUUUCUCUGUCCACUCUUCUCUGUUUGUCAUGCUUGGCUAUAGCUUCUGCUAGUGAGUACCGCUCUGUCGAUGUGGCUCCUUCACCAAUAUACACACCAUCAAUUGAGUCUUACACCCCAUCAUCAGAAUACGAGACUCCAUCUUACACUUCGACACCAGUAUAUAACCCUACCCCUUCUCCCGAAUAUGAAACUCCAUCUUAUACUUCUACCCCAACCCCAUCAUACAACCCAUCAACACCAAUUUAUACCCAAUCUCCAUCUCCUGCAAACGAAACUCCAUCUUACACACCAACACCAAUUUACACUCCUACACCAAUUUACACUCCUACACCAUCACCUGAAUAUGAAGCUCCUUCUUAUACUCCAACCCCAACUUUUACCCCAUCUCCCGAAUAUGAAACUCCGUCUUCCACUCCAACUCCAACUUAUACCCCAUCUCCUGAAUAUGAAACUCCGUCUUACACUCCAACCCCAACUUAUACCCCAUCUUCUGAAUAUGAAACCCCAUCUAACACCCCAACUCCAAUUUAUACCCCAUCUCCUAUAAAUGAAACACCAUCUUACACUCCAACCCCAACUUACACUCCAUCUCCUGAAUACGAAACUCCAUCUUCUACUCCAGCCCCAAUUUAUACCCCAUCUCCGGAGUAUGAGACCCCAACUUACACUCCAACCCCAGUUUAUACCCCAUCUCCGGAGUAUGAGACCCCAUCUUACACUCCAGCCCCAGUUUAUACCCCAUCUCCGGAGUAUGAGACCCCAUCUUACACUCCAUCCCCAGUUUAUACCCCAUCUUCGGAGUAUGAAACCCCAACUUACACUCCAGCCCCAGUUUAUACCCCAUCUUCGGAGUAUGAGACCCCAUCUUACACUCCAACCCCAGUUUAUACCCCAUCUCCGGAGUAUGAGACCCCAUCUUAUACGCCAUCCCCAAUUUAUACCCCAUCUCCGGAGUAUGAGACCCCAUCUUACACUCCAUCCCCCACUUACAACCCAUCUCCUAAGUACGAGACUCCAUCUUACACUCCACCCCCAACUUACAACCCAUCUCCUAAGUAUGAAACCCCAUCUUACACUCCAUCCUCAACUUACAGUCCAUCUCCUAAAUACGAGACCCCAUCUUACACUCCAUCCCCAACUUAUAGCGCAUCUCCUAAGUACGAGACCCCAUCUUACACCCCAUCCCCAACUUACAACCCAUCUCCUAAGUACGAGACCCCAUCUUACACUCCACCCCCAACUUACAACCCAUCUCCUAAGUACGAAACCCCAUCUUACACUCCAUCCUCAACUUACAACCCAUCUCCUAAAUACGAAACCCCAUCUUACACUCCAUCCCCAACUUAUAGCGCAUCUCCUAAGUACGAGACCCCAUCCCCAACUUACAACCCAUCUCCUAAAUACGAGACCCCAUCUUACACUGCAACCCCAACAUACAACCCAUCUCCUAAGUACGAGACCCCAACUUACAUUCCAUCCUCAACUUACAACCCAUCUCCUAAAUACGAGACCCCAACUUACAACCCAUCUCCUAAGUACGAGACCCCAUCUUACACUCCAUCCUCAACUUACAGCCCAUCUCCUAAAUACAAGACCCCAUCUUACAUCGCAUCCCCAACUUACAACCCAUCUCCUAAGUAUGAUACCCCAACUUACACUCCAUCUUCAACUUACAACCCAUCUCCUAAAUACGAGACCCCAUCUUACACUCCAUCUCCUAAGUACGAGACCCCAUCUUACACUCCAACCCAAACUUAUAGUCCAUCUCCUAAAUACGAGACCCUAUCUUACACUCCAACCCCAACUUACAUCCCAUCUCCUAAAUACGAGACCCCAUCUUACCCUUCAACCCCUACUAAUAGUCCAUCUCCUAAAUACGAGACCCCAUCUUACACUCCAACCCCAACUUAUAGCCCAUCGCCUAAAUACAACACUCCAUCAUAUACACCAACCUCAGUCUAUAAACCAUCUCCUAAGCACGAAGCCCCAACUUACAGCCCAUCUCCUAAAUACGAGACCCCAUCUUACACCCCAACCCCAACUUACAGUCCAUCUCCUAAAUACGAGACCCCAUCUUACACUCCAACCCCAACUUAUAGUCCAUCUCCAAAAUACGAAACCCCAUCUUACAAUCCAACACCAACUUAUAGCCCAUCGCCUAAAUAUGACACUCCAUCAUAUACACCAACCUCAGUCUACAAACCAUCUCCUAAAUACGAGACUCAAUCGUACACUCCAACCACAGUUUACUCCCCAUCUCCUAUAUACAAGACUCCAUCAUACUCUUCAACCCCAACUUAUACCCCAUACGAUGAGACAAAUUACUAUCGUCCUAAUGCCCUGCCAACUAUUUAUGGUAUUCAAGGUGUGAUCUACUGUAGUUCAUGCUAUGACUUCACACCCAUCGAAGGUGCGGUUGCCAAAAUUUCCUGUGAAGCAAAGAGUACAGACCAGUACAAGGCAGCAAAGUUCUCAAUGCUAACCCCAAAAACUGACAAGAAUGGUUACUUCCUCGCUACAUUUACUCCUGAACAACUUGGAAACUCUUUGAAGCCAACCGAUUGUAAAGUUUACCUUGAAAGCUCUCCAUCAUACACUUGCAAUGUUGCAACCAACAUUAAUCUAGGGGUAACCGGAGCUCGUCUGACUUAUUCACGUGAUUUUGUGGAGUACAAAAAAACAUACGACUUAGAGUUGUAUUCAGCUCAAGCUUUUGUUUACACAUCAACGUCAAAAUGCGAAAAGCCAACUUACUACAAGACACCAAUUUACACUCCAAAAGCAAGCUAUAAAACUCCAACAUACACCCCAAAGUCAGGUUAUGAGGUUACAAAAUAUACUCCAUUAGCCUACACCCCAAAAUCGAGUUACAAGGCUCCAACAUACACACCAUCAACCUACACCCCAAAAUCGACUUAUGAGGCUCCAACAUACACUCCACAAUCAAGUUACAAGGCUCCAACAUCAUACUCUCCAAGUGAGAAACCUGCAUCAUACAGUCCAAAGUCCAGUUACGAGGCACCAAGUUAUGUUCCAAAGUCCGAGGAUAAAACCCCUGCCUACACCAAUUAUGGCUACUAAGACAAAUCUACACCAAUUAUUGCAUACUAGUUCCCUAUUCGUUGAGCUAGAUACAAGUCCAAGAGACGAUUGUCUUUAGUAGUAUGUUGAUUACUUAAUUUUCACUAUAAAACCUAAGAGACUAUUUCCUAUGUUUUAUCAAACGAAUUCCUAUGUUCUAUGAGAAUUAUGAAAAAAGAA